CUCCUCAGCUCUGCUGCUUCACGCUCCACUCUGUCUCUAGCCACUUGCUCAGAUCUCCUCGACUUUGGCCGGCUUUUGAGUUGAUCUGUGACUUGUGGGGACUAUUUGGAUAUAGGAGUUGUGGAAUUACGUCACUAACAGCUCCCCUCCAUCUCCUUCUCCUCCUCCUGCUCCCGCUCUCAUCUCAUCCAUCACAGCCCAUGACAGCAGAUCAGCCAACAUGGCAUUCUCAUCUCGCUUUUCCUUCUGGGAGCAAAAGAUCAAAGAAGAGAAUAAGCCAGGCAGCAAAAGUUCAGGCACUGAUGGGCUGCCUAACCGGACAAUGUCAGUGCCAGCUCUAGACCCUGGCAGGAGGUUAUUCCAGACAACAAGUCCUCCAUCAGUUUCUCCUACGGAGUCGGUAGCCCGGUUCAGGAGUCCCUCCCCACCUAAAGUCAGGACACUUGUUGAAGUGCCCGAGCGCUUCAAAAGCCCUGAGCCAUCGUCAAAGAUGGCAACGCAAUUUAAGAGUCCUGAACCGCCACAAGCUGCUCUGAGCCCAGAGCCAGUUAUGAACAGUGAGCGAGAGCAAAAUGGCAUAAUGGGCAAAAGCAUGGUUAACGGUACAGCCAACGGUAAUGUCAGACUUCCCGGAACAGGCACCAACCAGAUGGAUACUACAGAUGACCAGGGUCUGACACGUAAGAAAGUAGUAAAGGUGGUUCGUCGUGUUGUCAGGAAGGUCCUGCCCACAGAAGAGGACAAGGCCACUGUGCAAACACAACCAUCAGACAAAGCUCCAGAAGCAGCCAAGCCUGCUGCUAAACCAGCACCAGCGUCGGUGUCAAAGGCCCCCGUGAUGUCAGGGUUCUCUUUUAAACAUGACGUCAUCAAAACAGAAGACAAAGAUGACAUUUCACGAGGACUGACCAACCUCAUGGUCAGAGGCAGGACAAGGGAGCCCCGCCCACGAAUAUGCAAGGAUGAACAAAAAGUAGAAUUAGAGAAGAAGAAUGAGCCGGAGGAGACAAAAAAGGAGAAGAAAGAGACUUUAACCGCCCCAAAGCCACAGGAGGUCAAUCACAAAACUACAAGCCUUGGUCCAGUUACACAGGAAGUCAAAUCUCCUGUGACUGCUGGACACCCAACCAGCAAGGCUUCUGAGCGCUCCGCUCUAACUUCUUCCAAAUCGACUCAUUCCAGACCUUCAUCUCUCCCACCGGUUGUUGGCUUUAUCCCAGCUCCCAAACCCUCAUCCUUGUCUCCACCUCCUGGCUUCAUACCUGCACCCAAACCAACUGCUACAACUAAACCUACCGCUACAAAUCAUCCUUCUAUCACGCCAGUGGCUCAAAAACCUUCCUCCCUCUGUCCUCCAUCACAUUUCAUCCCAGCCCCCAAACCCUCUCCUCUUGCUAUUCCUGUGAACCCUGAUCCUCCCUGUCCCAAUCCUGGUCCACUGUCUCUCCCUCCAGCAGUCAUUUCCAUUCAGCAACCUGCUGUCAGUCAACAAGAGGAGACACUGCUCAGUCCCACCGAUGAGGCUCAGAGACGCUUGAUGAGGAUCUUCAGUGCCCCUGUGAAGACGGAGGAGCAGAUCGCAGCGGAGCAGGCUUGGUAUGGAUCAGAGAAAGUCUGGCUAGUCCACAAAGAUGGCUUUUCCCUGGCCACCGUGGUGAAGACAGAGGCUGGCUCCCUGCCAGAGGGCAAGGUGAAAAUCAAACUGGAGCACGAUGGGACAACACUAGAUGUGGACGAAGACGACAUAGAAAAGGCCAACCCUCCAUCAUACGACCGAUCAGAUGACCUGGCUUCGCUGCUGUAUCUGAAUGAAUCCAGUGUGAUGCACUGCCUUAGGCAGCGCUAUGGAGGCAACCUCAUCCACACCUACGCUGGACCCAACAUGGUAGUCAUCAACCCCCUAAGCACACCCUCCAUGUACUCUGAGAAGGUGAUGCACAUGUUCAAAGGCUGUCGCAGAGAGGACUCUGCUCCUCAUAUCUACUCUGUGGCCCAGUCGGCCUACCGCAAUCUGCUCACCACCCGACAGGAUCAGUCCAUUGUGCUGCUGGGCAAGUCUGGCAGCGGCAAGACCACAAACUGCCAGCACCUGGUCCAGUACCUGGUCUCCAUUGCUGGGAGUACUGGCAAAAUCUUCUCUGCUGAGAAGUGGCAGGCGGUCUACACCAUCCUGGAGGCUUUUGGCAACAGCUCCACCUCUAUGAACACUAACGCCAGCCGCUUCUCCCAUGUAGUGUCCCUCGACUUCGACCAGACUGGGCAGGUGGCCUCAGCCUCUAUCCAGACGAUGCUGCUGGAGAAGCUGAGGGUGACCAGACGACCUGAGGCCGAGUCCACCUUCAACGUCUUUUACUACGUGAUGGCUGGAGCCGACAGCAGCCUGAGAACGGAGCUGCACUUUAAUCACCUGGCUGAGAACAGUGCUUUUGGGAUCCUACCACAGUCUAAGCCUGAGGACAAGCAGCGAGCCUCGCAGCAGUUUACCAAGCUGCAGGCAGCCAUGAAGGUGUUAGGAAUCUCUGGUGAAGAGCAGAAGGCCCUAUGGCUCAUCUUGGGGGCCGUUUACCACUUGGGGGCUGCAGGAGCCACUAAAGAUGGAGAUGAAGCGGGGCGGAGGCAAUUUGCCCGUCAUGAAUGGGCCCAGAAGGCAGCUUACCUGCUGGGCUGUACGUUGGAGGAGCUGUCCUCUUCUAUCUUUAAGCACCAGGCCAAAGGACUGCAGCACUCCACCUCAUUCAGAGGGGGAUCUGACGAGGCUGGCCAAGGUGACAGCUCAGGCUCUAAGGUAACAGCUCUAGAGUGUUUGGAGGCCAUGGCAUCCGGACUCUACUCAGAGCUCUUCACUCUUGUCAUCUCCCUCAUUAACAGGGCUCUGAAGUCCAGUCAACACUCUCUGUGCUCCCUGCUGAUUGUGGACACCCCGGGUUUUCAGAACCCUCGGCGGGCUCAGCAGCAGCGGGGAGCCACAUUUGAGGAGCUCUGCCACAACUACACCCAGGAAAGGCUGCAGACCCUGUUCCAUGAACGGACCUUCGUCCAAGAGUUGGAGAGAUACAAGGAGGAAAACAUAGAGCUUGCUUUAGAUGACAUAGAAUCCAGUACCUCACUGUCUGUAGCAGCUAUUGACCAAGCCUCAACCCAAGCUCUGGUGCGUACUCUGGCCAGGACAGAUGAGGCUCGGGGCCUUCUUUGGCUGAUGGAGGAGGAGGCUGUUCAGCCUGGAGGUUCAGAGGAAACCAUGCUGGAGAGACUCUUCAACUACUAUGGCACUGCACAGGGAGAAAAAAAAGGAGCCAGUCUGCUGCUGCGAGGAGAGAAGCCCCACCUCUUCUUGCUGGGCCACAGCCACGGGACAGACUGGGUUGAGUACAAUGCUCAGGGCUGGCUGAGCCAUGCCAAGCACAACCAUGCUGCCCAGAACGCUGCCACACUACUGCAGGACUCCCAGAAGAAGAACAUCAGCGGGCUGUUUAUGGGCCGGGCCAGCGGGGCCACAGUGUUGUCGGGCUCCAUCGCAGGUCUAGAGGGAAGCUCCCAGCUGGCCCUGCGACGAGCCACCAGCAUGAGGAAAACCUUCACCACAGGAGUGGCUGCCGUCAAGAAGAAGAGCCUGUGUAUCCAGGUCAAACUCCAAGUGGAUGCUCUGAUUGACAUGGUGCGUCGCUCCAGGGUUCACUUCGUCCACUGCCUGCUGCCCAAAGCAGAGGCAGUGGGUGGAGGAGGUGAGCCCCGUGUUGUGCAAGGAGAGAGCCCCGAGUCGGGCCUUAUGACUCUGGACGUAGGCCUCCUGAGAGCUCAGCUCCGAGGAUCCAAGCUGCUGGAUGCGCUGCGCAUCUACAGGCAAGGAUACCCAGACCACAUGGUGUUUUCUGAGUUCCGCAGGCGCUUUGAUGUCCUGGCACCACAUCUGACCAAGAAGCAUGGACGCCACUACAUUGUCACAGAUGAGCGAAGGGCAGUGGAGGAGCUGCUGGAGUCCUUGGAACUGGAAAAGAGCAGCUACCACAUGGGGCUAAGCCGGGUGUUCUUCAGAGCAGGGACUUUGUCCAGGCUUGAGGAGCAGCGGGACGUUCAGACCAGGAGGAACAUCUCUCUGUUCCAGGCUGCCUGCAGGGGAUACCUGGCUAGACAGGCCUUUAAGAAGAGGAAGAUCCAGGAUCUGGCCAUCCGCUGCAUCCAGAAGAAUAUAAAGAAGAAUCGUGGUGUCAAAGGCUGGCCGUGGUGGAAGCUCUUCACCACCGUCAGGCCUCUGAUAGAGGUGCAGCUCACUGAGGAACAGAUCCGCGGCAAGGACGAAGAGAUCCAACAGCUGAAGCAGAAGCUGGAGAAGGUGGAGAAAGAGAGGAAUGAGCUGAGACUUAACAGCGACCGCCUCGAAAGCCGGAUUACAGAGCUGUCAUCAGAGCUGGCUGAUGAGCGGAACACCGGGGAGUCUGCCUCCCAGCUGCUAGAGACUGAAACUUCUGAGAGACUCCGCCUGGAGAAGGACAUGAAGGACCUGCAGGCCAAGUUUGACAGCAUGAAGAAACAGAUGGAAUCCAUGGAGAUGGAGGUGAUGGAGGCUCGACUCAUCAGGGCUUCUGAGCUCAAUGGAGAAAUGGAUGAUGACGACACAGGUGGAGAGUGGAGGCUAAAGUAUGAACGAGCCAUCAGGGAGAUUGAAUUCACCAAGAAGAGACUACAGCAGGAGUUUGAUGACAAGCUGGAGGUGGAGCAGCAGAACAAACGGCAGCUGGAGAGGAGGAUCAGCGACCUGCAGGCCGAUAACGAGGAGUCCCAGCGAAACAUUCAGCAGCUGAAGAAGAAAACCCAACGACUCACAGCAGAGCUGCAGGACACCAAACUUCACUUGGAGGGCCAACAGAGCCGCAACCACGACCUUGAGAAGAAACAGAGGAAGUUUGACAGUGAGCUGAGUGCAGCCCAGGAGGAGGUGCAGAGGGAGCGGAGCCUGAGGGAGAAACUGGCGCGCGAGAAAGACAUGCAGAGCGGAGACGCUUUCAGCCUCCGACAGCAGUUGGAGGACAAGGAUCUGGAGGUGUGUGCACUCAACCUGAAGCUGGACCAGCUGGAGGCUGAGCUGCAGGACCUCAACUCCCAGGAAUCCAAGGAUGAAGCAUCGCUGGCCAAGGUGAGGAAGCAGCUUCGCGACAUGGAGGCCAAGGUGAAGGACCAGGAGGAGGAACUGGACGAGCAGGCCGGCACCAUCCAGAUGCUGGAGCAGGCCAAGCUGCGUCUGGAGAUGGAGAUGGAGCGUUUGCGUCAAACUCAUUCCAAGGAGAUCGAGAGCAAAGACGAUGAGGUGGAGGAGAUCAGACAGUCCUGCAGCAAGAAGUUGAAGCAAAUGGAAGUCCAGCUUGAAGAGGAGUACGAUGAGAAGCAGAAGGUGCUGAAAGAGAAGAGAGAGCUGGAGUCGAAGCUUCUGUCAGCACAGGACAAGGUGAGAGGUGGUGACAUAGAGACUGAGAAGCGUUUGAGGAAGGACCUGAAGAGAACCAAGGCUCUGCUGGCUGACGCCCAAAUCAUGUUAGACCACAUAAAGAACAACGCACCAAGCAAGAGGGAGAUCGCCCAGCUCAAGAACCAGCUAGAGGAGUCUGAGUUCACCUGCGCAGCUGCAGUUAAAGCUCGUAAGUCCAUGGAGGUAGAGAUUGAAGACCUACAUGUUCAGAUGGAAGACAUCUCCAAAACAAAACAAGCGCUCGAGGAGCAGCUGAGUCGUCUGCAGAGAGAGAAGAAUGACCUGCAGUCGAGGAUGGAGGAGGACCAGGAGGACCUGAACGAGCUGAUGAAGAAACACAAGGCUGCUGUCGCCCAGUCGGCCCAGAACCUGGCUCAGAUCAGUGACCUCCAAGCCCAGCUGGAGGAGGCCCUCAAAGAGAAGCAGGAGGUUCAGGAGAAGAUGCAAGCCCUCCAGAGCCAGCUAGAGUUCCAGGAGCAGUCCAUGGUGGAGAAGUCCUUCGUCAGCCGGCAGGAGGCCAAGAUCCGUGAGCUGGAGACCAAGUUAGAGUUUGAGAAGACCCAGGUCAAACGUCUAGAGACCCUUGUAGCUCGUAUAAAGGAGAAUGUGGAGAAGCUGACGGAGGAACGAGACCAGCGCAGCAGCAGCGAGAAUCGAGAGAAGGAGCAGAACAAACGUCUACAGAGACAGAUCCGCGACAUCAAAGAGGAGAUGGGUGAGCUGGCCAAAAAGGAAGCCGAGGCCAGCCGCAAAAAACACGAGCUGGAAAUGGACAUUGAGAGCUUAGAGGCUGCUAAUCAGAGCCUGCAGGCAGACCUCAAGCUAGCCUUCAAAAGGAUCGGUGACCUCCAGGCAGCCAUAGAGGACGAGAUGGAGAGUGAUGACAACGAAGACCUUAUCAACAGUUUACAAGACAUGGUGACAAAGUAUCAGAAAAGACAGAACAAAACUCAGGGGGAUUCAGACACCGACUCUGAGGUGGAGGAUCGUGUGGACGGGGUGAAGUCCUGGUUGUCCAAAAGCAAAGGUUCCACCAAGAACUUAUCAGAUGACGGCAGCCUCAAGAGCUCCAGAUUUGCUGUAAAUGUAGACGCAAAGGAAGGGAGAGAAUGGAAAGAGGGUAAGGAAUGGAAAGAGGUAAAUAAAGAGGGCAAAGAGGUGGAGCCCAGCAGGUCAAUGUCAGUGAUGAGCUCCCUCAGCUACAGAAAACGAUCCAACCUUGAUUCCAUCGGUGGCAAAGGGGAUGCCCUCUUCAGUGCCCUCAAGGAGAAUGCAGAGUCAGAAGACACACUAUCCUUCCAUAAAGCUAAACCCAGAACCUCGGAUUUUCAGGAUGAUACCCUCUCCAGGAGGAAGUCUCAGGCAGGGGAUGACAUGAAUGACAGAGAAUCAGUCAUCUCUCAAGCCUAUUCAGAGGCCAACAGCCGAGCCAGGAAAGGCAUGGACAGCCGCUGGGGUGACUUUGACAAAGAAUCAACCGUUUCAUACACUGCACAAAGUCGGGCCUCCACACGUCUUGGGUUAAGCCCAGAGAAUGAUGCCAAGUCUACCAUCAGCUUAGGUCUGUCAAGCCCACUUGGACGCCGCCAAAGCACCUCACGCUUAGAUGAGGGCAGAGGCGGACGGCCAAUGUAUGGCAGCAGUCCUAGUAGCCCUUGCUUUAGCAGAAGGUCUGGGGGUCGCAGUCCUGGAAGUGUUAGCCGAGCUGAUUCCCAUAUGUCGCUGGCACGCAGCUGCCGUCUGAGCGAGUUUGACAUUGAUGAUAGUCGAAGUGUGGCCUUCACCGAGAGGUCGGCCUACAGUCCUCACUCGUCCACCGGCCGCAGUCUCUCCAUGCCACCACCACAAGCCAGGUCAUCAACUACUGACCCAAUUGAUAACUUGGAUAUUAAACCAGUCAGUCAUCGCAACUACCUUGACCCUGACCUAGAGAAAGCCAUCAAUGAGGUGCUGAGUUUCAAGCCUAUCAAAUUCAAACGCAGGAGCUUGGAAGACUCUGAGGGUGAGGAAGCAAAGUCCAAGAAUGAUGAAGACACCGGCAAAGCUAUCCAUAAUCGAGACAGUGCUCGCCCUGCCAGCAGUCUCAGACGCUCUGCAUCCGCUAUGGACUGCAUGAGAUCGUCCCACAGCACCAACAGCUGCAGCAGUCGCCAUCGCAGUAAGAGCAAAGGCAAGAAGAAGAAGAAGAGAAGCCACAGCUCCGAAUCUGAAAGCUCAGGAGAUGACCAUCGUCACAAGAGCAGCUCCAAGAGGAAGUCCAAGAAAAAGUCCAAGAAGAGGGAUGAAUCUCCAUCUUCUUCCUCCUCUUCUUCGUCUUCAGAUUCCGAGUUGGACUCUGGGUCAGACUCGAGCUCCGGGGCCUCCACUAUUUCCUACCGAAGCUCCAGCAGUGUGAAAAGGGCCCCGGUUCGAAAGGUGUCCAGCCCAGAAGGGGAAGGAGAAGCUAGGCCACAGAGUGUGAGCCAACCACAUAACAAAAAGGAUGAUAAAAAGAGAAAGAAGAAGGUGGACAGUCUGAUGAUGAAAUACCUAUACCGGCCGGACAGUGACUGAGGCAGGCACCCCCCUGGCCGAAGACGCUACUGCUUUGAUAGAUCUGAUGAAGAGGAGGAGGAUGAAGAACAAUAAGAAGACAGGUCAACAAAGGGCGCGUACUACUCUCGAUACAGAUGUGGCAGCCUUAUGAAAGAUGACGGCGGCGAGGACAGGCCUGAUGAGACCACAUCGUAUUGCUCGCUGUCAACAUCCAUCCUCCAUCCCCUCAUUCAGUUGUGAUAGUUGGUCUUGCAUGCAAAGCUGACCAAAGAAUGUGGUCAGUCCAACACAAUCACACACUUACAACCCUGCCGGAAAACAGACAUUCAAAUACUGGAGAUGUUCCUAACAUUCACAGGAUUUGGUCCUAGUUUAACAAACAACAUGGGCUUUUAGACUCGUCACUCAUCAGUCUAACCUCACUGCACACAAAGCAGCUGCAUUAUUAACGACUUGACUCUGCUGGUUGCAUGCAAGCAGCAGUUGCUUGGCUUGAGCAGCCGUUCUGUUUAACUCCCACCAUGGUUGUAACUGAGCCAAAGAACUUGAGGUUGCAAUGAUAAUAGAUUCUUUCAAACUCUCUCUUUGUCUGUUUCUUUCUCUCUUCUUUACAUACAUGUACAUAGUACACAAUGUAUUACCAAAAAGCCUUUGUUCAAGUAUGUGUGCACUCUCUUUUACUUAUUGCCAAUUGAUGCCGAGUCCUGGGAAGAGUCCCCACCUUUUAUCCUCCUCCUCCUCCUUUCCUUUUCGGGACAAGUGCCAUUUGAUUUAAGUGGGCUCCUCUACAGCUGGCUUCUCUGCAGCUGUGGCAUUUCAUGGACUGCUGCGUCAUAUACUGAAGACUCUCUCAUUAACAUCUGCUCGCUUUUGUUUGCCUGAAAAGUUUUGUGCCUUUUGCUGGCAAAUGAUCUCUUCCUUACAGAGGAGGAGGAAUCCAUCACUAACCGCUGUGCCGAGGAAUCAAAGGAUUUUUCUCCAUUUGAAUCUUUAGUUUUUGAUGUUUGACAGAUUUAAUUUGCAGAGGACAGCCAUCAGCCAGCAAAUAAAUUUCCAUGACCUUUGAGCUUACAUAUGUGAAAUGCCUUGUCUUAUUUUCAUUUCAAAUUGAUUUGAGGACUUGACAGAAUUCUUUAGUGAUGAAGAGACUUCGGCUUUGUCCUUGUGCUUGUUGUUCACAUGCUGUCCAUGUUUUGCUUUAAGUUUGAUGUGCUUUUUUUUCUAAGGGAAUGCCCUUGACUUUAGGCACCAGUCAUCUGUUUGUUUCUCCAAAAAAAACAAAAAAAAACAAAAAGCAUUUGGUAUCCUCAAAGGUAAAAGCUGGUGUUAUUCCAUAUUUUUCUCCAAAUCACACGGAAAGACCAAGACCAGCUAUGUGUUUGGUUGACCUUUGGGAUAAGUAUGUGUAACAAAAUAUUUUCAGCUCAGAGGUCCCCUUCAACCACAUCUCUUAGUCUUCUUCGGGGAAUGAAGCUAGCUAAGCUGUCAUCACAAUUGUCCUAAACCAAUUGGUUCCUAUUUUUUAAGAUAGACAUCUUAAAAAAAGGCUCGCUAAUGUAGUUUUUUUGUUGCUAGCCACUAUAGUUUUUUACAAACUGUGAAUAUGCUAGUGCUAGCUCAACUACCUUGGUCACUAAACUAGAGAAGAGGAUCAGGGCCACAUGUGAAAAAUGUCAAUGAGUUUAGUCUGACUUUAUUCUCAGAAUUCUGUCUUUAAACUCAGAACUCAAAUACAUUUUUUACAUGUGGCCUUAAUCCUCUACCUUAGUAACACCACAAUAAGAUGAUUCAGGUUAUGCAUACAUGAAAUCAACAAUUCUUGUUUCAUAACAGCCUGAAAACCACUCCACUCCAGUGGAUAAGGGUUUUAUAAAAGUGGAUGAUGCAACGCAGCUUACAGGAUUGACACUUUUUCAAAAACAUCAGGGCAUUAAUCUGAACACAGCACACACAGAAUUCAAUGUCCUAAAAUAUGUUGUGGAAUUCACAUUUUUCUGUUCAUUCACUUUGUUCAACAUAGCUAGCUAGCUUUUUCUUUUUUGCACUAGCAAAAAGAAUGUUAGCCUAGUUUACAGAUAGGGCAAGGAUAUAAAACAUUUUCCCAAUGUCCCACAAAUGAUGAAAAGAAAAAUGACAGGCCUAUCUACCAGUAGGUAAUUAUAGUGGAUUCUAUAGUUUGGAUUCUCUGGCUCUCUCACCUCAGUUGUCAGCACUGGCAGAAUGCCUUCCAAUAGUCAGUGGCGCAAAUGUAAGUGUCAGAGUUUAACUGCGAAUCAGGCAAGCAGAUCUGCUGAUCGCAGUGAUUCCUUUAAAAUGAACAGAUCUUUCCAUGGAUUUAUGUCUUUUUAUAGGUUUUGAUGAAAAUCUAGAAUAUCACCGGCCUUCUCCUUUAAAGCCUCAUUGGGUACUUUAACUGGAACUUCAUUAACUGGACACACUACAGUCUGUAUAACCAAUACUGUGAAGUCAUGUUCAGUGUCUUUGAAGCCUGUUUCUUUGUCAGGUCUUUUUUGUAACCCAGCAAUGUCUCUAAACAGCAAGAAAAUAGGAUCCUGCUUUUUCAUAGUUGCUAAAGUGUUACAUGACACCCUUUUGAUCAUCUGUCUGGUAUUUACGGCGUAUUUUAAGAUAUUUUUGAAACUCAUUUAAAAUCCAGAAGAGCUUGACAUGGCAUUUGGGGCUGAAUAAAAUUAGAGGAUGUUCUUCAUUGCCAGAAACAUUGUGUGAUUCUACUAUACAUGCUUUUUGUAGACUCGUCUUCAUUUUUAUUCUCUAUGCAGUCAACACAAGUGUGGAAAUAUGUUUUUUGACCUUACUGAUCCUGAUCAAAGUGUUCAACAGGAAAAACAACAGCAGAUAUUAUAUUGCUGACUUCACACAGUAUUUAUAUAAGUAUGUGUAUGAUUCAUGCUAGCUUUGAAAAUAGUUCAUGUUUAUUGUCGUUAUUGAACAAAUUGACCACUUGUUAUAAAUUUUGCAUUGCGGCUUAAUAUAUUGUAAAUAAAUUAUGGUGAUGUUUUAGAAUGCCUUGAA